AUUUCAGGCAUUCGCGAUCGAGAAUUUGAAUCGGAAACAACAAGUCGCGCUUAAAGAACAACAAUAAUAACACAGCCAGAUUGUACAAACACAAUCACACGUACAAAUACAAACGAAAAUAUCAUUAACCCACACAAAUAAACAAAACGUUGUGUAUAGUUUAGACCAGGCCUAAACACUGGGUGUGUGAGUGAGCUAGUAGUGAGUGCGUUAGUUGGUUUUAAGUGAAGGUGCUCGUACAAGAAAAAAUUAUAUAUAAGAAUAUUACCUUUUCAUAAAAAGAACAAGAAAAAACAACAGAACCGAUUAGAACCUGAGAACCUUUGGCCAUCAGCAAAGCUUGGUAUUUUAACGUUAACCUUCGAAGAGUUUAGUUUAAAUCUAGACUAGCAUUGCUAAACACGAAUAUCGGAUAUCUAAAAUAUCGAACAUCGGAUAAGAAUAUUUUCCAUUCAGAUAAAAGUAAAAAUAUUUUGUGUAGUGUCUUCCUGCGAACAAAUAGAGGAAACAAAAUGAAUAAAGUUCUUAUUUGUCUUAUCAGUUUAGUGGUCCUUUCCACAGGACAACGUAUAACUACUAUACACUUGGAUGGUGUACAGUAUUUCAUCAGUCGUAUGAAUCCUUAUUCCCCCGAAUUAAAUUACUUUUUGGCUUAUCAAUACUGUCGUUCAUUGGGCUUGCAAUUGGCAUCAUUUGAAACUAAAGAAAAGGCUGAAUCUAUGACAACAUAUUUGAAAAAUGCUGGCUAUGGCAAUUAUGAUUUCUGGACUUCUGGUAAUCGUCUAGGAACUGGCAUGUUCUUGUGGAUGAGCACAGGUUUACCAUUCAAUGCCACAUUUGACUUUUUCGAAAAUACGGCUGAUGCCAUACAAGCUGGUCUUCUCGAUCCCGUAGAUCACAACAGUAAUACAUCACCUCAAAGAACCGCCAGAGACAGCAGCAGCGGGGCCGAAAAAGGUUGCGUCAUUUUGAAACAGCCCACAUUGAAAUGGAUGCCAGAAGACUGUUCUGCGGUGAAAGAUUUUAUUUGUGAACAAACUCGUUGUUACUACUACAAUUAUGGUAGUAUUCCAGUCUCUUCAGCGCAGGGACGCCCUAUUACCACUACUACACCACGCAGCGUUAAUGCCGAUGUUAGUAAGUCGGAAUUUAAAACCACCACACCAUUGCCACUGUUAAUGUCUUCUUAUGCAACAGCCAAAAAAUCAAAUCAACCCUCAUACGUUUCAUUGAAGCUUGACCAGGAACGUGCCUUGGUAUCCAGCAAAACCGACGAUACUCACAAUAACGAGCAAGACAAUGAAGAGGAACACGAGGACGAUGAAGCGAACAACAGCCAAGGGGAAGAAGUUCAAGGUCGUGACUUAACAAAUGAAGAAUUCGAUCAUGAAGUCGAGGUUAGCCAACAAGAAAAUUCCGAAGAAGUACAUGACGAGCAUGACGAUGUACAUGAACAGGAUGAAAAUAAAUCUAGCGACCAACAAAAUGAUGAUGAUGUUAGCAAAAUCAAUAGUUCACAUUCCCAAGAACAGGAAGAAGAAUCUGAGGAAUUAGUGGCUAAGGAAAAAUCUUUAGAAAGUUAUGAAAUUGAAAAUACCCCUGAAAUGCCUGCGGUUGAAGUUAGAUUAAAGGAGAUUUCACAGGAAGUAGAAAAAAGAAACAACGAAGAAAACAGACACAUUCCCUCUUUAACACCCGAUCUCGAUGAUAUUGGACGUCAAUCAUUUCUAUCGCUAACUGAUCUAAUACGUACAUUGCAUCCCAAUGACAAACAAAUUAUACCACAAAUUGAUUCCGAUUAUUCGAAUGCAAUGCGUGUGUUGGGUGAAAAAUCCGUGGUGGUCAAUACAAAUGAGGAAUAAUUUAUUAUAAGCAUAAAGUAUAACGACUAUUCUUUUUCCCAUACAUACUCUCAAAAGAGACAUUUCAACAAAUAAUAAUCCACACAACUUCAUCGACCAAACGACCGUCCGACUAACGUACAUUAAAAUUUUUAACAUGAUUUAAUCAAUUCAAGUUCUAUUGCAAACUGUUUCGCUUGAACAUUUCUGGCUCUUUAAUGGACUUUUUUUGUAUUGUGUAUGAAAAAUUUUUUUCUUGACCAAUACAAAUCAAGUUCAUUGAAAAACACUUUACUUUAGAACUUGUCGUCUAUAUAAAUAUAUAUGUAACUGCUGGGGUAUUUUCUCAAGUUGACAUUUAAAAAAAAGUUUAAUAUUAGUUUGCUAAGUAUUUUUAAGUGUAAUAUCAUUGCUAAACAAUCGCCAUAAGCGAUUACUAAUUGUAUAAUUUGAUGUUUAUAAUUGUCGAAUAAAAGUGUUUUUAUACAAAAACUAUAAAAUAAUAAUUUGGGUCAAUAACCAAAAUUAAUAAAUUUUAGUUAAUUUAUUUUAAA